AUGAAAGAUACAGAUAUCAAGAGACUACUGUAUACCCAUCUUUUAUGCAUAUUUUCAAUCAUCCUAAGCAUCUUCAUUCCAUCAGUAUUCUUGGAGAACUUUUCAAUAUUGGAAACACACUUGAUGUGGUGGUGCAUCUAUUCUGUUUUUGUAACUGCUGUCAAUGUAGUAUUAUAUUUGGUAGUGAAACCAAAUGUAUUUCUAAAAGAAAUUCAUUAUCACCUAAGUAAUAUUUUGAAAUGUUGCAUCUACUUUCUUAUGUCUUGCUUUUCCUUUCAUGUGAUUUUUGUUCUAUAUGGAGCACCACUAAUAGAGUUUGUGUUGGAAACAUUUUUAUUUGCAGUUCUUUUGUCUACUUUUACUAUCAUACCUUGUUUAUGUUUGUUAGGAUCAAACCUCAAAGCAUGGCUAAGAGUUUUCAGGAGAAAUGGAGUGACAUCUAUUUGGGAGAAUAGUCUCCAGAUCACUACAAUUUCUAGUUUUGUAGGAGCAUGGCUUAGAGCAUUUCCUAUUCCACUGGAUUGGGAAAGACCAUGGCAGGUAUGGCCCAUCUCUUGUAUGCUUGGAGAGACCUUUGGCUACGUGGCUGGCCUUAUUAUUUCACCACUCUGGAUAUGCUGGAAUAGAAAGCAACUUACGUACAAUAACAAUUAA